GUGUGGUUAAAGACUUUGGUCGUGUGUUUUUCUACCCCCAUUCCUUACCUGGUCACUUUCAAAAAACUUGCACAGAGGAAAGCAACUCAAUUGGACCCUCCCUUAUCCCUUAGCCAACUGACCGACACACCCACAUCGAUUGAUGAGGAAAUAUAUCGUAAUAUAUAUUUAAAUCAGGAUGUGAAGCCGCAACCUAUAGUACAGGGCUCACACACAUAUUAACAAGUUCACUUCUUCGAAACUUGUUUUCACUCGGAAUGGGAGAGUCCGGCAGAGGCACGAAAAGUCCAAGGCUGUGGAAAUUACUUCAGCAGUGGAUUCUGCUACAAGCAGUUUUUUGGGGUCCAGAGGCUGCAGAUGGCGUCUGCCUGUGUGAUGACAAUGUUAAUUUCAGGACUUUUAAAGUUAGCCAGGUGAGAGAAGAAUGUUGCUUAAACUUCACUGGUUCUUACAUUGGCAGCCUCCAAUGGGAUGUCUUCACAAAUUUGUCAGGAAUCAAGGUCCUGGACCUCUCAAAUUGUAACAUUUCUGACAUUCACAAAGUGGAUGAAAACCCAAGUUCUCUGGAGACUCUAUACCUCGAUCACAAUCAGUUAGAACAGUUACCUUCUAAUUUCAUCAUAAAUGCACCCAGUUUAAAGAUUCUUCACCUGGAGAAAAACCAUCUUCAACAGUUACCAGAGAACAUUUUAAAGGCUUCAGACCAGAUUCAGGAGCUGUACCUAGAUUCCAACAAUUUAAAAUCUAUACCUUCAAGUGUCUUUAAACCAAGCCUCAUGAUAUUGUCUGUUUUCAAUAACACCUUGGAGUGCACAUGUGCCUUAUAUGAUGGCUUGGCAAAUUAUAUUACUAAAAAUCUAAGCAUCAGUGGAUCAGAAAAUAUGAUUAUGUGCUACACACUGACGCACCCUCAAGGUCUGAAUAUCAUAGACAUUCAUCGCUCAGAUAUCUGCCGUUCCUAUGGUCUCACGGCUCUCUUUAUUUGCCUGCCAUUGCUUGCAAUUCUUGCAGUGGUGUUAUGUUGCUACUGCUGGAAAAGUAGAAGGUCUGAUUUUAAAGCCAUGAGACAAGACAGUCAAAUUUGCACCAUCGAGAAAUCUAGCUUUUCAAAUGUAGGAGAUCAUCAUUAUAUAACUUGCAGGACUCCAGAGACAACUCCCAUUCCCACAGGAUAUGAAAACAGCAUUCUCGCCAGAAACCAGCUUAUGUUACGUCCUUCAACAGCAUUGCUGGGAAGUAAUCGUGACUUGUAUGAAGAAGUGGAAAUUAAGCCAAGUGUUUCUGUUGACUCAGUCACAUGUGUUAAUGUAUCCAAUAAUAAAGUGGAAGAAGAAGAUGCAGUUGAGGAAGUCCAUGCUGAGCCAGUGCUGGUGAACGUCACAGAGGAGUUACAAGAGUCAGAUCAUCAAAGGAUCUACAUGAAUAAGUCAGCAAAUUACUACAAUCUAGUUCCUGAUAUUGAAUUAGAUGAUUCUGAUCAUGGUGAAUAUGAAAAUAUCGAUUUGUCCUAAGUGACGUGGGAUAAUUUGUAUAGGAGACUUCACGAAAGCCAGAGUCAAACAUUUGACAGUAUGCAAGACUGCCUUGGGCUGAUGAAGAUGGACUGUAUUUUAGCACAUUUAUGUGAAGAUUAAAAACAGAAUAAUUGAUGUGGGAGAGACACAUUACUGAGGUUAAAAUAUAGGCUUACCAUUGGGAUAAUGCCAAUAACAUUAUAACUGCUCGUUAAUAUACGGGAUAUCAAAGUAGUGUUUUCACCUAGGUCCAAGAUGUAGUUCAAGUUUAAAGUUGCCAUUCUAUCAAAUGAGAAGCAAAGUUCUGGCAAAUAAAUAUAGAAAGAAGUCAGGGAGUCAAAAGGGAGAGAAAAGAUCCAAAAAGGUGUAUGUUCUAAUAUUUUCCUGAUAACUUUGAAUGUUUUUCAAAUAUAAUCCAAUUGGAAGUAUGGACUGUCUUUAUGACAGGCACCAAUAGUUCAGUCUAGGAAUUUGAAUCUAUUUUACCCUAACCCACCUGGCAGAAACUGAGUGGGUUUGGGAUGAAUGCUAAGUUUAUGGCCAAUCUGAUUGAAAUUAAGGAGGGCAAAAUUAGACCAGGCAUAUUUGAAUUCACCCAUAACUCAAGUUAAGAUUAAGAUAGAGCGUCACCAGUUUGAUCAGAAUUCUAUAUUUUGUUUAUAGUGGCUCAUUGUUAAAUUCAAACAGCCAGUACAGGACAGAAAAGACUUGUCUUCUAAUCGUGUCAUCAUUUCUUAUCUCUUUGACAAUCUUACUUGCAAUAUUUUCUGACAGGCAUAACUGUCUGUUCAGCUGGUUCAACAAGAUGUUUGGAAUGAACCUCCAGCCUGUCCUCAGGUAUAUGUCAAGCAAGUUUCAUGAAUAUAUGUUGUAAUGACAGAACAUUAAUAUUCAGUGCUUGGAUAAAGUACUGAAUAUUAAUGUCCUGUCAUUACCAAAGUCAUAUUGGACAGAAUAUUGUUUGAAACUAAAGAAAUUGUGUCCAUCAGACCUUCUGCCAUGCCACCCUAUCACUAUCAAAAUGACAGGUAGACAUUCUACGUUCACAAUUAUAGCAGGGAAGCAGGGCCACAUACCAGUUUUCACCCAAGCCGCCAGCACCCCCAGGGAUACUAUGACAAGUUGUUGGCAGUCCUUAAGGUUGUGAUAGAAACUCCCUUUGGAAGGACAAAGCCCAGUAGUGGGUCACCCCUCAGUUACCAAAGCCUUACAUUUGUUAGGUAAGUUGCCCUCUUACCUUCAGAAUCCUGUGCCCCUUUCAGAUGGGCUGUGCUUCUUUACGUACUGCAGCAUAGCCUCACCGGACAAGGCUAGUGCAAAACAUUUCACAUUAAAUAAAAGGAAAGUGCUGCAGAUGCUGGAGAUCUGAAAUAAAAAGAGAAAGCACUGGAGAAACUCAACAGGUCUGGCAACGUCUGCAGGGAGAGGAAGUGAGUUAAAAUUUCCAGACAAUACGAUUCAUGGAUCAGUUGGGAUGCGGCCCUGAAAACAUGCAACCUAGUGAGAACAUUUGGUUGAGAGAUUGCCUUCAUAAUGAGUGAGCCUCUACCUCUACAUACCAAACAAUCCCAAACCACAAUAUUCGGCUAGGGUCAUGGUAAGGUGACUGCCAUGUGAAUUUCCUCCUUAACCCUGUUGGGGUUGUAAAAAGGCUUGAAAAUUGGCAAAAUUUUCAACUAUGGAACAAACUGAGCUUUAUCCUGCCUUCAACUAAUACCCCUAGACUUUCCUAUGGCAUUGUUAGAAUUGCCACAGGUAGAACUCUUCCAGUUGUUUAUUCCUCCUACGCCAGGGUAAAAGGCAAUUGUAGCCUUUCUACCCCUUCCUAUUGGCAUCGGCACUCAAAUCACUUGCCUCUAUUCAUCAUUUGAUGCAUUCACAAAAUUGGUAAUUGAUACCCUUAGGAAUGUGCUUUAAAUAUACCAAAACUGGUGACACAUUAACAGUGUUCAGGCGCCAACAAUUGCACUCUAGAAUGGUGUUGUGGGAAGGUGAAUAAUCACCACCGCGUAGCAAUUGGUUCAAGCAGUAGUCGAAAAGGAGUUGUAUUGUGACCUAGGAGCACUGAAUUCCUUGUAUUCACAUGUAGCGCUAUUACUUUUGAAUAGUGUGACAUUCGAUGCUUUCAUAAACAUAACAUUUUAUAUGUUUUAUAUAAUAUUAUACUAUUGUUAACAUUAAUGAUACUUUACUGUAUUUGUGUAGUGAAACACAAUGCAUAAGUUGGGAUUUUCUGCUUCUUUUGUAUGUGUGGGGGAAUUUGAGAAGUCAGAACAGUUGAUCAUAAUCAAGCGUCCAGUCACAAAGUCAAAACUAAGAUCCCACAGCUUCCAGAUCCAACAAUUUUAUGAAGACAAAAUGUGAUACCGUAUUGAUAACUUAAAUACCUUCAAUUUACUCAGUAAUUGAGUACUAACACUUGAAUCAUUUCAGAAGUUAGAAAAGAUGUAAACCACUAUACAUUUAACUUGGACUGGAUUCUUGUAUGUGUUGUUUUUUUCACAAUUAAGAAGAACUAUGAACUAGAAUGGAGGGACACAGGUUUUAGCAUGAGCAAUCAAGUCCCUACUGUCUGCCUUUUGAUGUGUUCUCUUGCAAUAGGUGUUCAUUGUAUUAAGUCUGACAUGAUAGCAUUGAUGUGACUACUAUUUUGGUGUGUUGGACUAGGACUGCAUAACUGCCCAAAAUGAAAGAAAGACUGCAUUAUUACCACUUAAAAGAACACUCAUCCCUUACAAUGUUAGUUUCAUGGUUGGUUAGAUUAAUAUCUAUAAUCUGUGACCUUAAUUAGCCUAUCUUUUUCUUUAUUUACAAAACCAUUACUGGACAGAAACUUUUCUAUUUGCUAUGUUACAUAUUUUUCAUAUCUGUUUUCAGCAUAACAAAUGUUUUUUAAUGCAAUUUAUGUUCAUAAACUCAUCUAUAUGUUGCAGAGAGAUAUUGUUUCCUGGAAAUCUGACAUGAUAUUCUACCCAGAAAGUAUAUGCCCUUGCUUUUGAACAUUACUUAAAUAUUUCAAUUUUAAUCCAUGCUCUUGAUAACUUGCAUAGGAAAUAGGAGCUGGAGUAAGCUGUUUGGCUUCUCAAGCCUACUCUGUCAUUCAACUCAAUCCUGGAUGAACUCAUACUUCAAUGCUACUUUUCCACAGAAGCCUAUACUCUUUGAUAUUUAUAACAUCUGGAAAUCUAUUGAUUUCUAUCUUGGGUAUACUUGAAAGCUGGACUUCCUCAGCCGUCUGGGGUAGAGAAUUUCAAAGAUCCAUUAUCUUCUGAGUGAUGAACUUCGCUUUCAUUUUAGUCCUAAAUGACCUAUUCUUCAUUCUGAGACUGUGUGUCCUCUGGUUCGAGACACCUCAGCAAGGCGAAACAUCGUUCCUGCAUCUACCCAUUCGCACCCUUGUAAUUUUACAAGAAUUUUGUAAGUUUCAAUGAGAUCACCUCCCAUUCUUCAAAACUCUUGAGAAUAUAGGCCCUCUCUGCUGUACAUCUCCUUAUAAAAUAAUCCGGUCACACCAGGAAUCAGUCUGGUUAACCUUUGUUGCACUCCAUUUGUGGUAAAUAUAUAUUUUCUUGGGGAAGGAGACCAAAACUGUACAUAAUAGACCAGGUGUGGUCUCAACAAUGGUCUGUACAAUUGUAGCUAGACUGCUUUACUCCUGUACUCUCAUCCUGAUGCAAUAAAGUUCAACAUUACUAUUUAA